AUGGCCCAUCCUCAACCAUCGCCGCCUGGGGGCGUGCCUCCUCAUCAUGGUCCUCUCGCCGCUCAUCCACAAAUAAAUGGUCACAUCCCAGUGCAAUCUGCUGGUCAGAAAGGUCCUCCUUUGACCACCGCGCAGAAGAUUGCUGCUUUGAAUGAGCAAGUCUGGCUUCAAAUCGGGAGUUUGACUGAAUUAAUGGGCGAUCUCGACGGCGCUCUCGCUGCUUACGAGCAGGCACUUCGACACAACCAGUGGUCCAUUCCUGCCAUGACCGCUAUUUCUCAAAUAAUGCGGACUCGAGAGCAAUUCCCAAAAGCUAUCGAAUAUCUUCAACAAGUCCUCAAACUAGAUCCUCAGAGUGGGGAGACAUGGGGCAGCCUAGGUCACUGUUACCUUAUGAUGGACAACCUGCAGGAAGCCUACACUUCGUACCAGCAGGCCCUCUACCACCUUAGAGAUCCAAAGGAACCUAAAUUGUGGUACGGCAUUGGCAUCCUGUAUGAUCGUUAUGGAUCGCUAGAUCACGCAGAAGAGGCCUUCUCUCAGGUCAUGCGCAUGGCGCCCGACUUUGAAAAGGCUAAUGAGAUUUACUUCCGCCUUGGAAUCAUAUACAAGCAACAGCAAAAAUUCAACCAAAGCUUGGAGUGUUUCAAAUACAUCGUCGGCGACCCUCCACGUCCUCUAACCGAAGAGGACAUCUACUUUCAAAUCGGUCAUGUUCAUGAGCAACAGAAAGAUUUCGAUGCUGCUCAAGCGGCCUAUCGUCGAGUGCUUGACAAAGAUCCGAACCAUGCCAAGGUUCUACAGCAGCUCGGAUGGUUGUACCACCAACAGAGCACCAGUUACGCAAGUCAGGAAAAGGCUAUUGAGUAUUUGGAGAAGUCGGUCAGCGCAGACAACAACGAUGCGCAAAGUUGGUACCUCCUCGGUCGUUGCUACAUGUCACAGCAGAAGUACCCCAAAGCAUACGAGGCCUACCAACAAGCUGUUUACCGAGACGGUCGCAACCCUACGUUUUGGUGCUCGAUUGGUGUACUCUACUACCAAAUCAACCAAUACCGCGAUGCGCUUGACGCCUAUUCCCGCGCCAUCCGACUCAACCCGUACAUUUCAGAAGUUUGGUAUGACCUUGGUACAUUGUACGAAUCGUGCAACAACCAGACUGCCGACGCAUUGGAUGCGUACGGUCGCGCCGCCGAUUUGGAUCCUACAAAUGUUCAUAUCAAGGCUCGUCUGCAGUUACUCCAAGGACAGGCACAAGGUCAGACCCAGGCGAGCGCUCCAGCACCAGUUCCACAGGAUAUUCACCCACAGGCUUAUCAAGGACCGGGUGUUGGAGCACCGCCAGCUCCUCAAUGGGGAGCCCCUGCUCCGACCGGUGGCCCACCACCACAAGCCCCAGCGCCUCCUCGCCAAAUUGCUGACUGGAACCGUGGUAUCAAUGAUAUUCAAAACCCACCACACCCUCCUCCUCAACCCUCGGCGGGUUACGAGCAGCGUGAAGGUCUUCGCGGACCAGCUCCCGGACAACACCCGAGUCCUCGUCAGGAUUUGCGAUCUGCCUUCCCCGAGCCUCGCGGUGCACCGGCUCCUCGAUCUCCAGCACCUAACGCGUAUCCUCAAACACACACUCUGCCACAACUCGCAGCUCCAGCUCCUGGCCCUCAUGAUCGCCCUCCCAACGGUGCUGGAUUCCGUGGUGGUCCUAUCGGUCCAAAUGGUGCGCCAGCACCUGGAGCAGGUCACCCCGGUUAUGCUCGUCCAUUUACUCCUCCUACUGAAAUUCGCCCCCUCCGUGAUAUCUCCGAUCGCCCAUCUUCUCCGGGUCCUACUUACCCUCAUCAACAAUUCCAUCAUGGUCCUAGCACCCAAGGUGGCGCAGGUGCCGGAAUUGCCGGAGGCGCUCCUCCUCCAGCGUCUGCCAUGACUGCAGCUGAUGCUGCGGCUCGCGACCGUGUUGAAGAUCGUCCUCCAUCUGCAAUGAAGCGUGUACGUGAUUGGGACAGUAUCGAGGGAGGAGGACCAACGAAGAAGAUCGCAAACGAAGAAAGCCGUCUUCGUCAGGAAGAGAUCAACCGUCGAGGUACUCCUCCAAGUGAGUUGCACCGUCGUAGCUCGUCCGAGGUCCGUCGCGAAGAGCAACGUCGUGCCAACGAAAACUAUCAUCCUUCUGAGGCAGCCCACCAUCCACCCACGCUUCCAUCCAUCCAGCAUAUGCAGCAACCUGGCGGACCUUCCAUUCCGCCCAUGUCUGAGGCACAGCCGCCGUCCAAUCCUCCAUCUGCCGGAGCGGAUACUGCUGCUUCGGUCAAGGAAGAAGCUGCUCGCAAGGAACCUGCCCCACUGCACGAGCCUGCUGCUCGCAAGAUGGAAGUCGAUGAGGAUUACGAUGAUGAUGGUGAGGAGGACAAGCGUGCUGGCGCAUUGAAGGGUAGCCCUCGCAGCAAUGGAACUGGAUCUAAUAGCAACUUUGCCAACGGUAAUUCCAGCUCCAAGUCGGAGGCAGCUUAGCCAGUACGUUGUUAAUUCAAUGUCUAAUAUGGGUUUUGUUCCUUGUUUGAUUAUGAUUGUCGAAGAAUUCUUGUCUAUGAGCAUCUACCCUCUUGAUAUUUCCUGGUCUUCACAUACCGCCAUCCU